AUGGCUCGGGUUAGGGCUAAGGAUAAGGCUAAGGCUAAUGCUAAGGCUAAAGCUAAGGCUAGGACUAAAGCUAAGUCUAAGGCUAAGGUUAAGGCUAAGUCUAGGAGUAAAGCUAAGUCUAAGGCUAAGGCCAAGUCUAAGGCUAAGGCUAGGGCUAGGACUAAUCCUUGGGCUGGGGGGCCGGGGUAGGGCUAUUGAUAGGGCCAGAGCUAAAGCUAGGGCUAGAGUAGGAUACAUUGUACUAUCAAAAACAAUUUUGUUGUCUUAUGUCAUCAAUUAAAUUUUUUAAGAUCAUUUUCAAAGUUUUUGAAUAUUCUAGGAAGCUUCUGUACAGUAAUUGAAUUCUCCCAUGCCCUUUCGUUCUGACUAUAUCAAAUUCCGCUAAUUCUAACCUUUUGGCUCGAAAACAAAACGCUUAAAACCUCAUUUUCAAUUAGUCCAAAAUAGAAGCCACAAAAAUAAUCUAGCUAGUCUGCGCAGAUGGGAUUUAAACUUUUAUGGGGCGGUUUCUCGAAAUGAUGAAUGUUUAUGGAAGUGGGGUGUAUAAAAUACGACGUAAACAGCUACAUAGUACGACGAAUCUGGAAACACGGCGACCUGGACUUUAGUGUGUAGCGAGAAUGAGUGAUGGAGUGGGCGGUGGUUUUACAGUGUUUUUAGACUGGAAAUCGUAAUUUUAUAGCAAAAGGGGGGGGGGUGGUAGGGCUAAGGGAAAGCUAGGGCUAAUGCUUCUGUAAGAUAACAUAAGUAAAGUAUAGUAAGGUAAGGUAAGGUAAUUUAAGGUAAGGUAAGGUAAUUUAAGGUAAGGUAGAGUUACCUCUUAUUACUAAGGCCUGGGGCUAGGGCUUAGGCUAGGACUAGGGCUAGGGUAGAGCUGGGGCCAGGGGUAGGGCUUAGGACAAGGACUAGAUCUAGGGCUAGAUCUAUUGCUAGGGCUUAGGAUAGGGCAGGGCUCUGGGCUGUAAAGUAAUGCUAGGGUAGAGUUAAGACAGGGGUUAAAGUAAGGCUAGGGUGGAGCUAGCGUUGGGUAUGAUGAAGCUCUAAUAAGGUUAUAAGUAAACAAGGCCAUUCACAAGGAAAAGAUAGGGUAAAGACGAGUAAACUAUGGCUAGAAGAGGCAUAUGUAUGGUAAAGCUCGUGAGCUAGGACGUUGGGUAAGAAGGUGGGAAAGGUAGGGUUCGCUUUCACCAUUGAGCUUGAAAAAAACUUGUUACAGUUAGCUUAUGUUUUUCUUGAGGGCGAAGAUGGGGGAUGUAAGAAUCCAUAAGACACGGAAAUUUAAAUUUGUUUAUCUGUAGGGUUUCAAAGUAAUCAUAUAUUAUGAUAUAAAUAGUUAAUUUUAACUAGCAAAACGCACUUUUGUUGACAAAUUAAGAAGAAAAAUAUUUAUUAUAAGCCGGUAUAUUAUCCAAAACAACUUUUUUAGCCUUUGCCAUAGCCCUAUCCCUAGCCCAGAGCUUUAGCCCAGAGCCCUAGUCCAGAGCCCUAGCUCAGAGCUUUAGCCCAGAGCCCUAGCUUUAGCCCUAGCCAUAACCAUAGCCGUUGCCCUACUCCCAACUUAGCCUUACAUUAGACCCGCCCUGUUUUGACUAGUUUUUACUUGCCUUAUAUUUCGUAGUUUCAUUUGUUUAACUAUGAAUGUUACGCACUUUUCUAACGUACCUAAUCAACCGAAAAGUUAGCCCACAACAUGUUGUUUGAAUAUUAAAAUAACCCAGUGGUAAAUUGUCAACCGAUUCUAACCUAAUUCAAUUCAAUUACAUAUGAACUGUGUUAUAAGAUGUUCACUCAGUUUGAAUCUUGCCUUACCUUGUCUAUUCGGAUCGGCCUUUCCUUACCUUGCCUUGACUAGCCUUGCCUUGCCGUUACCUUGCAUUGCUGUGCCCUACUCUGCCUUACAAUACCCUACUUUAACCUAGCAUACGCUACGUUGCCCUGCUCUGUUUUUCGAUUAUGUGUCUUACUCUGCUCUUCCGUAUUUUACCCUGUGCUCCUCUACCCUACCUAAACAUAAAUUACAAUACCCUAUUUGCCCUAACAUACCUUUCCAUACCCUAUCCUUCCCUACCCAUUGCCUUUUGAUAUGUUUACUCUAUUUUGAAUGUUACCCUACUUCUGCCUUGCCUUACCUACUGUUUUCUCAUGUUUACUCAAUUUCAAAUCUUACCCUACCCUACUUAUUAAUAGAUAUCCUACAGUAUUGUUGUUAUGUUCUGAAGCUUCUUGUAGGUAUCGUUCCGCCCAUUUCGGUUCGUUUGUCCGUUACUAUUAUAUUUGUGUCGUUUUUAGUUGGGAAAGACAGAGAGAAGCGCCUAUCACACAACCGCCCAAAAUGGAUCUGCGUUCGCUUCUCGCCGCCGUCUUCAGCGUUCUCGCUAUGUUCAGCGUGACACAGGUACGGGGGUGUGGUAAAAUUUUGUAAAUCUUGAUAUUUUUGCAUAUUUUCAAAAUUAAAAAAAUUUUUUUUUAAAUUUUUUUAAAAACCUUUUUAAAAUUUUAAAUCUCUUAAUUACCGUAGUAAUUUGAAUAUAUAUAAACUGCAAGAAAACUUUUAGCAAAAGCAUUAGCACUGUUUUCUAUUUUUGUCCAGGGGCAUUUUAAGCCGACUUACUUGAAAUUAGGAUUGUAAUGAAAAUGAAAAUCUUACUCUAUUUAGUCUACAUUACUCGUAAUUAUAUUAGGUUGUUUACAUAAUUUUGCGCUCCCGUACCCCACAAAUUAGGUUUGGGAAGGGGCGCAGAGUUAAGUGAACAACGAUUUAGGUGCAGCCUAAACCUUAGCCUUUGAGAUAAAGCCCCAGUCAUAGAACUAGACCCAUACUUAGCACUAGCUCUUGUUUUAGCCUCGGCUUCUACUUCUGCCACUAGCCUUAACUUUAGUCUUAGCCCUACCUUAAGCAUAAUCUUAGCCUUAACGUCCUGGCCUUGGCUAUAGCUUGACCUCUAGACCUAGUCUUAGUUCUUUCUAUCCUUAGCUUCAGCCAUAGCCCUAGCACUAGCCAUUGUCCUACUUCUUGUCAUAUCCCUAGCUUUAGUUUCAGCCCUAGUUCUACCUCUAGUCCCAGCCCUAGCUUUAGCCGACCUCUAGUCCCAGCUCUAGCUUUACCCUACAUCUAGUCCUAGCCUUAGCUUUAGCCCUACCUCUAGUCCCAGCCCUAGCUUUAGCUCUACCUUUAGUCCUAGCCUUCGCGCAAGCCUUACCCCCAGUACUAGCGAUACCUCUAGUCCUAUCCCUAUCCAUAGAUCUAACUUUAGCUGUAAUUCUAGCCAUAUGUAGCUGCAGCAGAAGCCUUCUUUACGCUAAAUUAUUUUGUCGUGUCCGAUUAUUAACAUGCCUUUAACCAACAUUACCCUAGCCUUGUCCUAGCACUAUCGUAGUCUACUUUACCAAACCGUAACCUACAGAACUUAUAUUUUAUUAUUUUCUAUCGUAUGUAUAAUAUAAUAAUCCUACCUUACUUUGUUCUACAUUACUCUAUAGAAGUUAAACUACUAUUUGUUUUGUUUUUUGUUUGAAAUACAAUAGUAAAAUCGAAAAAAGCCUAAUACUAUAAUAUUAGUACAGGUCAAGCCUCUAGGUCUAGUAUCACUUAUUUUACUACACAAUAGUUAUAUUUUUUACCACGCAAUAGUUAUAUACCAUCGCCAUUCAAAACCUUUUUAAGCGUUUUAAAAAUUUAUUCCUUGUCCUUUUGUGCUCCAAAACCUUAGGGUAAAUACUCAGAAAUGUCAUUCUUAUUUCGAAACAUUUGUUUUUGAAAAAUGUUUUUGUCUACAGACCAGAAAAACAAUAAGAAAAAGUAUUUUGUUUUCCAAUUACAUUAUCAUAAUUGGCUUCAACGUGAGUGUUGGAGACACUUAAUCGGCAUUGUUACAUUAUCUACUGUCUGGGCAUGGAAAUGCAUAAAUUAUGGCUGUGUUCGAAAAAUUUAAAUAUUUUUAAUUUUCUGCAUGUUACAGUAAUCCAAACAUAUUAUACUUUACUCUUCUUUACUUUAAUGUAGAGUAUUCUACCCUACCCUACUCUACCCUACCCUCAUCCUACUCUUUUCCUAUUCAUACCAUUACCUACAAUGCUUAGUGAUAGCCUUAAUAUUACUGCAAUCGGCCUUACCCUGCCUUAGCCAAGCCUAGAUUACUCUACCGUAACAUACCGUAUCUCUCCUAAAACAUCUUGGCUUUGCCCUAAUACUGCCGCAAUCUGUCCUUAUCUUAGCCCUACUUUUACCGUUUUACUGCUCUAACCUAUCUUAACAUACCUUAUGUUAAAUAGCAACUAAUCUUACUGCACUGUAGUUUAAAAUAAGUAAAAAUUUCAAUUUUAAUAAAAACUCUUCAGGCCAGCCCCCUAGCCGAGCGCAAUAUGCUGGUGUUGAGACUGGGGCCCGACACGUAUGGCCAAGUCCCGAUGGACCAGAUCCAGGUGGGCCGAUUGGAGAAGCGGGCUGUGAAACGCGAACGGAUCCUGGACUCGCUCGGCGGAGACUAUUUGAUCAAGAAGCGAACCCUUUUCUAA